ACGGACUAACGAGAGUGCAGCAUGACGUCACGCGGCCAGCAAAACUUCCGGGAGGAGAGAGAGAGAGAGAGAGAGAGAGAGAGCUGCAGCGGAUAUCAAUCUGAUGCUAAAGUCAUGAGAGCUUCAUCAUUAUCCAGGAUGAAGAGUGUGCAGGACAGCAGUGCUGGUGGACUUUGGGAUUCAGUGAAAAAAGCAGCCUUUGUUAUCGGAUCAGGACUUUUUUUCUUGGUGGCUUUCAGGAACUCAGUGACAUGGCACCUACAGAGGUUUUGGGGAGCAUCAGGAGAUUUCUGGCAAACACAGUGGACCAGACUUUAUACAGCAUUUGAUGGAAAUGAAGCGUCUUUGUUCUUCAUCGGAACAAUGCUGGUGCCAACAUUCUUCUUCUGGCUGUUUAAUGGCUUCCUGAUGAUCGCAGAUACAAUGGGAAAACCUGCAUUUAUCACACGCUACAGAAUUCAGCAGGACAAAAACAAUCCGGUGGAGGUGGAGCGGGUGUGGCGGGCAGUGAAGGUGGUUCUGUGUAAUCAGUUGUUCUUGUCGGUUCCGUUGGUGGUUCUCACCUACACUGUGAUGUCAUGGCACGGAGAACCCUGUGCUCCUGAACUGCCCACGUUCCACUGGGUUCUACUGGAGCUGGCUGUGUGUGGCCUGCUGGAGGAAGUGCUGUUCUACUACUCACACAGGCUGUUCCACCACCCGUUCUUUUACAAACGCAUCCAUAAGAUCCAUCACGAGUGGACGGCGCCCAUCGGAGUCGUGUCCCUUUAUGCUCACCCUAUGGAGCAUGUGUUUUCCAACAUGUUGCCGGCUCUGAUCGGUCCGGUGCUGCUGGGCUCUCACAUGGCCACCACAUCCCUGUGGUUUACUGUGGCUCUGAUCGUCACCUCCAUCUCACACUGCGGCUAUCACCUGCCCCUGCUGCCCUCACCCGAGUUCCAUGACUUCCACCACCUCAAGUUUAAUCAGUGUUACGGAGUUCUGGGAGUUCUGGACCGGCUUCACGGCACCGACGAUAAAUUCCGCAAAACCAAAGAGUACGAGCGUCACAUGCUCCUGCUGAGUCUCACACCACUCACCAAGAGCAUCCCGGACACGCCCAAAAAAAAGAGUGACAUCAUCAGCACCCCAGACACGCACAUAAAACAAGAGUGACAUCAUCUUCUCGACACACCAAAAAACAAGAAGGACGUCAUACUGAGACAGCGAUUAGCCACGAGAGCUUCAUUACACUCAGGACUGAAACACUAAAACUUGAGUACGUUAUGAACAGAGAGAUAAAGGCUGGGAU